ACUCCUACAAUUUAAUAAAUCAUUAUUUAUUACUAUUUAGUAUUUACUAGAAAUUAAGAAAUUGAGAACAAGUCUCCAAUUGUAUUGUAUUGUGAAUUUUUUUGUUUAAAUUGUACUUGGGCUAUAUCUAAAUCAAAAUUAAAUAUUUAAUCUAAAAAUACCAAUGUCACAAUUAGGGAGAGUAAAACAAUGGAAUACGUUUGCUCGCUGUUGGCAUCUGUUUGAUGCAGCUUGGCAAAAUCCUUUGGAAUGUUCUCCAACGAUUGAAAAGUAUUUAAAGGGGCUUAACAAACCAAUUUAUCAUCCUCUAGUUGACUGUGGUGAUCACGUUGUGGUUAUAAACAGUAAACAAAUUGCUUUUCCUGGUGAAGAAUGGCGUCGACGUGCUUAUUUCCAUCAUACAGGAUAUUCAGGCGGAGCAACUUGGACUCCAGCAUGGGAAUUACAUGAUAGAGAUCCAACUAUGAUAUUCAGAAAAGCGGUUUAUCAUCAUAUGAAAGGCAACUUAUUCAGAAGAGUAGUUAUGGAACGUUUACACAUUUAUUCAGACUCUAACGUACCAGAAGAGGUUAUGGAGAAUAUAACCAAUCAAAUACCACCAUUAAGAUCUAUACCCAAGACACUGAGCUCUUAUAGUAAAGAAGAAAUUGAAAAAUAUCCAAAGAUUAUAGAUUACCCUGAAGAUUUUAUUUUGUCAAAAAAUUAAAAUUAUGUUUGUAAUAUUAUUUUAAAUUAGACUAUUAUUAGUAUAAUGUAAAGAUAAAAGUAACUAUUACUUGUUAAUUAACAAUAGUUUUUUUCAAUUGAAUAUUAUUUUUAUUUUUUCUGAAUAAAAUAUAAAUUCUAAACAUUUUUACUA